CGCGUGCGCAGCGACUGGUCCUCCCCGGCUCUAGAUUCUACUGCCCACGUUCCUCCUCCUGCUUCCUACCCUCCAGCCCGCAGCGGCCCGAUACCAACGUGUGGUCCCACGAAGGGAGCGGUCCUUGCCUCGUGCUCCCGGGACGGCCGUAGUGUGCGCUCGCGGCGCGUGGCGUUAGCCAUGGCGAUGGAUCAAGUGAACGCGCUGUGCGAGCAGCUGGUGAAAGCGGUGACCGUCAUGAUGGACCCCAGCUCCACCCAGCGCUACCGGCUGGAAGCCCUCAAGUUUUGUGAAGAAUUUAAAGAAAAGUGCCCCAUCUGUGUCCCCUGUGGCUUGAGGUUGGCUGAGAAAACACAAAUUGCCAUCAUCAGACAUUUUGGUCUUCAAAUCCUGGAACAUGUUGUCAAGUUUCGGUGGAACAGCAUGUCUCGAUUAGAGAAGGUCUAUCUGAAGAACAGUGUCAUGGAGCUGAUCGCAAACGGAACAUUGAACAUUUUGGAAGAGGAGAACCACAUUAAAGAUGUUCUAUCUCGAAUUAUGGUAGAGAUGAUUAAGCGAGAGUGGCCACAGCACUGGCCUGACAUGCUGAUGGAGUUGGAGACUCUCUCUAGACUUGGGGAAACACAAACAGAAUUAGUGAUGUUCAUCCUUUUGCGACUGGCAGAGGAUGUAGUGACCUUUCAGACACUUCCUCCUCAAAGAAGAAGGGAUAUCCAGCAAACAUUAACCCAGAAAAUGGAAAGGAUCUUCAGUUUUCUACUUAACACACUUCAGGAAAAUGUAAACAAGUACCAGCAAAUGAAGACAGAUACUUCUCAGGAGUCAAAGGCUCAAGCAAACUGUCGAGUAGGAGUUGCAGCACUGAAUACUCUAGCAGGCUACAUUGACUGGGUGUCUAUGAGUCACAUUACUGCAGAAAACUGUAAACUCCUGGUGAUACUAUGCCUGCUCCUGAAUGAACAGGAACUUCAAUUGGGAGCUGCUGAGUGUCUUCUCAUUGCAGUCAGCAGAAAAGGAAAAUUAGAGGACCGGAAACCCUUGAUGGUUUUAUUUGGAGAUGUUGCCAUGCAUUAUAUACUAUCUGCUGCACAGACUGCCGAUGGAGGAGGCUUGAUAGAAAAACACUAUGUCUUCCUGAAGAGACUCUGUCAGGUGUUGUGUGCACUGGGCAAUCAGCUGUGUGCCUUGCUGGGCAUAGAUUCUGAUGUAGAAACACCAGUGAAUUUUGGAAAAUAUCUGGAAUCUUUUCUUGCUUUUACAACUCACCCAAGUCAGUUUCUACGCUCUUCAACUCAGAUGACUUGGGGAGCCCUCUUCCGACAUGAGAUCCUAUCCCGUGAUCCUUUGCUGUUAGCAAUAAUACCAAAAUAUCUUCGUGCUUCUAUGACCAAUUUGGUCAAGAUGGGCUUUCCUUCUAAGACAGAUAGUCCUAGCUGUGAAUAUUCUCGAUUUGAUUUUGAUAGUGAUGAGGACUUCAAUGCUUUCUUCAACUCAUCCCGAGCCCAGCAAGGAGAAGUGAUGAGAUUGGCAUGUCGUUUAGAUCCCAAGACUAGUUUCCAGAUGGCUGGGGAGUGGCUAAAGUAUCAGCUAUCAACUUCAGUUGAUGCUGGACCUAUGAACUCCUGUUCUCCUACAGCUGGAACUGGAGAGGGAGGCCUGUGCUCCAUUUUCUCAUCGUCAUUUGUGCAGUGGGAAGCUAUGACUUUUUUUUUGGAAAGUGUGAUCAACCAGAUGUUUCGAACACUAGAGAAAGAAGAAAUUCCAAUUAAUGAUGGAAUAGAGCUGUUGCAGAUGGUCUUGAACUUUGACACCAAGGAUCCUCUCAUCCUGUCCUGUGUCCUCACUAACGUCUCAGCACUCUUUUCAUUUGUUACCUACAGGCCAGAGUUCCUGCCCCAGGUCUUCUCUAAGCUAUUUUCAUCUGUCACUUUUGAAACUGUUGAAGAAAAUAAGGCCCCCAGAACCCGGGCAGUGAGGAAUGUGAGGAGGCAUGCUUGUUCCUCCAUCAUCAAGAUGUGCCGUGACUACCCUGAGCUUGUGCUGCCCAAUUUUGAUAUGCUUUAUAACCAUGUGAAGCAGCUUCUCUCCAAUGAGCUACUCCUGACACAAAUGGAGAAAUGUGCCCUCAUGGAAGCCCUGGUUCUCAUUAGCAACCAAUUCAAGAACUAUGAACGUCAAAAGUUAUUCCUAGAGGAGUUGAUGGCACCGGUGGCCAGCAUCUGGCUGUCUGAAGACAUGCACAGAGUGCUGUCAGAUGUUGGCUUUAUUGCCUAUGUGGGUGCAGAUCUCAAAAGCUGUGACCCAGCCCUGGAGGAUCCCUGUGGCUUGAACCGUGCACGAAUGAGCUUUUGUGUGUAUAGCAUUUUGGGUGUUGUGAAGCGAACCUGCUGGCCUGCUGACCUAGAAGAGGCCAAAGCUGGGGGAUUUGUAGUGGGUUAUACACCCAGUGGAAAUCCAGUCUUCCGUAACCCCUGCACAGAGCAGAUUCUGAAACUUCUUGACAAUUUACUUGCCCUUAUAAGAACCCACAAUACUUUGUAUGCACCAGAAAUGCUAGCCAAAAUGGCAGAGCCUUUCACUAAGGCUCUGGAUAUGCUUGAAGCGGAGAAGUCUGCUAUCUUAGGAUUACCUCAGCCUCUCUUGGAACUCAAUGACUAUCCUGUCUAUAAAACAGUCUUGGAAAGAAUGCAGCGUUUCUUCAGCACCCUCUAUGAAAACUGUUUCCAUAUCCUAGGGAAGGCUGGCCCUUCCAUGCAGCAAGACUUCUACACCGUGGAGGACCUUGCUACCCAGCUCCUUGGCUCAGCCUUCGUCAACUUGAACAAUAUUCCUGACUACCGACUCAGACCCAUGCUUCGGGUGUUUGUGAAGCCUCUGGUGCUCUUCUGUGCCCCAGAGCACUACGAAGCCCUGGUAUCUCCCAUCCUUGGACCUCUUUUCACCUACCUCCACAUGAGGCUUUCCCAGAAAUGGCAAGUCAUCAACCAGAGGAGCCUACUGUGUGGAGAAGAUGAAACUGUGGAGGAAAACCCAGAGUCUCAAGAAAUGCUGGAGGAACAACUGGUGAGGAUGUUAACCCGAGAAGUCAUGGACCUAAUCACGGUUUGCUGUGUAUCAAAGAAAGGUGCUGACCACAAUACUGCUCCCCCUGCAGAUGGAGAUGAUGAGGAGAUGAUGGCCACAGAGGUAACCCCUUCAGCUAUGGCGGAGCUUACAGACCUGGGAAAAUGUCUGAUGAAGCAUGAGGAUGUUUGCACAGCACUGUUAAUUACAGCCUUCAAUUCCCUAUCUUGGAAGGAUACUCUCUCUUGCCAGAGGACAACCACGCAGCUCUGCUGGCCUCUCCUCAAACAAGUGCUGUCAGGGACACUGCUCGCAGAUGCCGUCACGUGGCUUUUCACCAGUGUGCUGAAAGGUUUACAGACACAUGGGCAGCAUGACGGGUGCAUGGCUUCCCUGGUCCACCUGGCAUUCCAGAUAUAUGAGGCACUGCGCCCCAGGUACCUGGAGAUUAGAGCUGUGAUGGAGCAAAUUCCAGAAAUACAGAAGGACUCUCUGGACCAGUUUGACUGCAAACUUUUGAACCCUUCCCUGCAGAAGGUGGCUGACAAGCGACGGAAGGACCAAUUCAAACGCCUCAUUGCUGGUUGCAUCGGGAAACCCUUGGGAGAGCAAUUCCGAAAAGAAGUUCACAUUAAGAAUCUUCCCUCGCUUUUCAAAAAAACAAAGCCAAUGCUGGAGACAGAGGUGCUGGACAAUGAGGGGGGCAGCCUGGCCACCAUCUUUGAACCAUGAAUCAAGCUUUUGGGCAUCCUUCCUCAGCCUUUAUUGUCAUCUCUUCUUCCCCUUCAUAGCUAAUCUCUAGGCCCCUCUUGCACUGCCACCUCACUUUCCACCAUGAUCAGCCUGGAGACAGAUCCAGGUCUGGAGCUGGAGAAGAGAGUGGGCCCUGUGCAGGGCCACAAGUAAUUCUACUUAUCAAGAAAGGGAGUCAGGGCUUGCAUCAUUCUGUCAAGAUGUCCCAGGUAGUCUCCAUCCUACUUGGAGUUUUAGCUUUUUCAAGAAAAGCUAGAGCAGAGCAGCCCUUCUUCCCCAAGCCCUCCCACCCCCAUGCAGCAUAGCCAAGCAGAAUGGGAACUAGGGGUGCUGUGCCUAGGCGGGCUCGCAAGGGCUCAGCCCUCAACCACUUGUGCCGGAGAGCUUCUCCUGGACCACUGCGUCCCAAAGCCCCUUGCUACUGGGAUAGCAGGGACCCUUCCCCAUACCCAGUAGCAUGUCCGGUUUAGGUGCUAAGUGCUGAACUGAAUUUGACCAGUUCGCUCAUCUUUGUUUUGAGCAAGAAUCUGGUCACUUGAUGGUACAGGUUACUACUAAAGUCUGGGCACAAUAUCAAGUGUAGUAUCUCCAGGAACCAGGGCUGGGUAGGGUUUAGUGCUAACAUCCCCCUUAAGCUCACAUAUCUUGCCCUUUCAUGAAUGACCCUCAAGGGUUUCCCCAGCCCUGAGGGUCUGCUCAGGCAUGAGAGCCACGGUACCCUAUUCAGUGUCACAUGACACAUUGUCAUCCAAGGAUAAUCCAGAUCAAUAGGCUUACAUCUGUGACAAGCAGCUAGCAAAGCCACUGGUUUUCUAGGACUAGCUGGGUCCCAGGUGCCUUUAAAAAGUCUCAUGGUCUUUCAGGUCCCUUGUUGCUUUUCUCAAGGGCCAUUUCCAAAAGAAAAAUAUCAUAGGCAAGAUGGUGCGUGCCUGUAAUCCCAGCAACUCGGGAGUCUGAGGCAGGAGGAUCACAAGUUUGAGGCCAACCUCAGCAAUUUAGCAAGACUCUUAGCAACUUAGAGAGACCCUGUCUUAAAAUUGGACUUAAAAAGGACUGGGAAUGUAGCUCAAUGGUAAAGCACCCCAGGUUCAAUCCCCAGUACCAAAAAAAAAAUACAUACAUGCCUUUCCAUCACAACCUGUACUGAAUCCAUCCUAGAAGUCACUGGAAGGCCCUGGAAGCAGAGGGAAAUGUGGAUGUGAGAUCUGCCCCUGAAGUUACUAUCAUAAGGUAGGCUUGAUCCAUACAGAAGCCAGAGCGUGUGCUCUGCACAGGACAGGCCUGCCAUCCAACCAGUCCAUGAACGAGGGUUUCAGUGAGAGAAGCAGAGUGGACAGAAGCUGCAGCUUUUAGCUGGUGCAGGCCACAGGUUGGGAAGAAGCAAAUCUGGUGAAAUGGAACCUAAAAGUGUUAAAUUGCUGUCUCUGUUGCACAAGUCUGCUUCCUCUUUCUGCAAGGUGCUUGGGGCUUCUAUUGAUUGUGAAGGUGAUCUCAAUAUCUCCCUCCAAACUUGAUCGCUGCCUACUCUAUCUCGUUGGGGUUGUGGAGGGUACAGUUGUAUUUAUUAUGUUGUAAUAUUUUUAACAUUCUGUGACUUCAUGCUAGAAAUUUUCUAUUGUUUAUAGAACCUUUUGUAGAAACGUUAACUCUAAAGCACAUCUGCAUGUCAGUAAAAAUCUCAAUUUCAUACAGAAAGGGCCCUAUCUGCCUUUUUCAAACCAGUCUUGAAACCAGUAACAUAUUCCAGGGUUAACAUCUUCAUGAUCAUCCUGCUAUGGGAGACAGACAGGAAGAACUGCAACUGAUGAGCCUAUUGUUAAGCUUUAUGAAAUAGUAUGCCAGUUAGAAAACGGACUUUUUCAAGACCACCUCCAUCCACUAGGCACCAUUCAUUCCCUUUCUUGUGUGAUCAC